AUGGCGGUUCCAUCAGACGACCGAAAUAGACAGCAGCAGGAAGAUGUCAGCGGUGACGACGAGUUUCCUGAACUUCAGUUGCCGACGUUCGCUACAGCUGUGCCCCUGGAGGAGGCGGCGCCCCUGCCGCUGCCUUCCGCGCUCGAGAUGAGCCUGCGCUCUCUACGGGCGAGCCGGCGUCUGCUCACCAAGCUACUGCGGUGGUUCGCCGCGCGGCCGCUGGGCCAGCGCGCGCUCGAGGCCGUGGGCUACACCCUGACCACGGUCGAGCGCGCCACCAUCUGGGCCGGGUCCGCCACGGAUGAAGCUGCUGGUCGUCAGCCGUUGCCUUUCGCGUGGUACCUCAUGAUGCCCCUCGUUGUGGGGCUGAUGGUCGUCAGGACUGGAGCUGCUCUAGCGGAGAGGUACCUGGACGUCCAGCUGCCGGAGAACAGGGAACUGGUGAGCUGGCUCGAAAGAGAACGCAUCGAGCUGGAAGAGAUUCAGGCUGAGGAAGCGUGCAACAUCCGCACCCAGUUGGUCGACAUAAACGAUACCACGCACAGCUUUCUGAGUACGUGGCCAUUCAACAUCCCGUACACGGCAGCGCAACAACUUGGAAUCAUCCCGGUGAGAGUUGAGAAGCAAUCAUCAGGCACUGAAUCAACGUCGUUGCCGCCUCUGGAACCCUUGACGAGGCCGCCCUCGUCCGACUCGUCGUCGACCCUGACUGAAGUAGAAAAACGUGCAACACGCAAAAGAGAGGCUGAAGAACCGCCGACGAUAACUGCAGAGAAAAGAAAACGGACAGCGCGGACCGUGAUGCAGCCACAGCUAUCGGCCUCUCCUGAGCACCAUCUGUCCACCGAGGCGGCGGAGAGGGCGGCCAUGAGCGUCGUACCUCCACCCCCACCACAACCAUCGGUACCAUCUGUGUCCUCGAAGGACACGCUGGCUGCUGAGGACACCUCUCACUCAGAAGAUGCCACGAGCAGAAAAAAGAAGAAAGCAAGCUCGAAAGCCCCAAAGGCGUCGCUCCUCCUCAAUCUGUUUGGACCGAAAUUAUUUUAAAAUAUUUCCGCAUAAAAUUGUGCCAUUAUUAAUGAGAAAGUAUAAAUGAGAAAUUGUAUUAGCCUUAGAUGAGAGCCAAGUGUUCUGAUAUUAGUAUUUUAACCUCUAGGGAUGGGGAAUUUUAAUAUACCAAAGUUCAAACUGAAUGAUCCAUAUUAAAUAUAGUUCCAUACGAAAGCUUGAUUUCGUAUACGGGUGACCCAAGAAAACAAAUUCUAAAAUAUUUUAGACAUAUGCAUAUAGUGAG